CUACUGGAGCCAGACUCCAACAGUGGCGCCUGAAUAGAGGCAGAACUUCAUGAGUGGAACUUUACAAUGGACAGAGCUUCCAUGGAAGGAUGCCCUCUUUAGAAGCAUGCAUUUUCAGAUACUUCCUACAUCUUUCUUAUUACAUUAGUCCUUAAAAUAAAAGACAACUGUAUUUCUGAGACUAAAGUGGCUCAUACUUAAACCUCAUCAGAUAUAACUGAGAGACUGACCAAGAAAUUCUAACAACUCUAAACAUCUGUACCUUUGAAGAAAACGUGACCAAAUGUUUCCCAUCAGAGUACUCAUUUUAGUUGCCUUGAUUUCAGUGGUAUUGUCAGGACCAUGGGCUACUAUAUGCGCUGGAAAAAAUAAAAAUACUAUCAGAGACCAUGAUAAUUUUGGCUCUGGAAAGUAUGGUGCUUCUAGAGGCGCAAGGAAACACAAAGGGGUGGAUGUGGAAUGCACAGAUGGAUCAGAUGUGUAUGCCCCUUUUGAUGGAGAAAUUGUGAGGCAGGCAAAACCUUAUAAAAAAAAUAAUGCUAUUAAUGAUGGUGUUGAGAUAAGAGGAGGAGCUAAUUGCAUAAAAAUAUUCUACAUUCACCCCAAGAAAUAUAAAGGUUCUAUCAAGAAGGGAGAGAAACUUGGAAUUCUGUUGCCCAUGCAACAGGUUUAUCGUGGAAUAAAAUCUCACGUACAUAUCCAGAAUUGUGACCUCAGUGAUCCUACUUCAUAUCUGUGAAUGAAAAGAUAAUGACUUACACUUUCACUUAUUAAAAAUGAUCUUAAAAUUGUAAUCUGACCAUGAUUUUAUUGUGUUUUUAAAUCUAUAUGUUACAAAUUAUAUUUCUGAUGUUUAUUUUUUCAAUGGAUUUUUGAAAUAAAGUCAAUGCAGUUGUUUGGGUGUGAA